GCGGCCGGACUGGGUGCACGCAUCUACGUUCCGAUAACGACGCCUUUUUUGUGUGAAGAUCCUUUAAUCCGUCGAGCGGAGGUCAGCAAUCCAGGGCGGCAUCUCGGGAAGGGCGAACGUUGCAUCUGCUCUAGUUUUGUUUAGUUGCGAUAAAGUUAGUGCGCCAUGAAUUCGGACACGAGCAGAAUGUUGAAUGUCCUGGUGAGCCUGGCGGUAAUCGCGUCAAGCCAAGCUUUCUUUCUCAAAUGGGGAUCGGAUACAUCCAGACAAGCGGUGUCUCAAAAGACAUGGAUGCAGCCACCCAUGUCGGCGUCCUCGUACCGAUACCAGUACAUCUACCCGCCAUACGAGUCGCGGAAGGUGUACCAAAUGCAACCGCCGCAGUACGCCCAACCUGACAUGCCUAUGCCUCAAAGCAUGGCCCCCAUUCCCAUAAGCGUCCCAGCCGGGGCCAGUCUGACCCCGGUCUCCCUGCAGCACGUGCAACUGGUCCCGUGCAUGUGUCCCGUCGCGCCCGAAGAAGCGGAGAAGCUCCAGGAACAAGUGGGCCCCGGCCCAUACCUCGCCCAAACCUACUCCCAACCGUCCUACUCCGUACCACAACAGAUCCAACAAGCAGCUGAUAACAAAACUCCGAACAAACAGUGACCACAUGCAACCCAAACACAUGUGUGAUCCCGCCAAAUUAGUUCACUCUAUAAACAUUAUUUAUUUUCACUUAUUUAUGUUAUAAGUAAAGACUGAUAGAAUAAGAUGGUGUCGUGUACGUAUUUUCAUUUUAAUAAACCAAUGUGGAAUUUUGUUGAUG